UUCUACUGCGUAGUCGCUACUCGGUGGUUCGAUGUGUUCAGGAAUUUUUGAGAUUGAAUGGGCUUAUAUUGGCUGUACAGUGCAGAGUGGAUGUGACUCAUCCUCAAUUUAACCCCUUCGUCUCACCUCUCAAAUUUUCUACUAAAGAAGCGCAGCUUCCCUUUCCUAGACUCCAGCCAUCUACUAAUAUUCGACUAUUUGCUAAAUUAAUGAACAAUAUGACCUCAAUCGGAGUUGAAGAUGCCAAGAGUGUCAUUCUUUCUUGGAUAACAGCAGCUACUGACAGCCAAGAAAAGGUCAAAUUCUUCAAACAGAUGGGACAACUUUUAACUUUACCGGAAAUGAAGCAGGUCAACAACGCACUGCAGCAAGUGAAGAAAAAGAAAGUGUUGGAAGUUGUAAGGUCAACAAAUGCUGCAAAUUUACAAGGCAGUCCCCCAAAGGCAACGGAUGGGGUCACAUUUGCUCCAGGAAACAACAACAAGAACGGAUGCUCAACGAAAUCUGACACUAACAACCUUCCGAGUCUGGUUCCGCACAAUACUGGUCGCAAUGGAGGCACACCAAGGAAUAAGUCUUCUCGUAUCUUUCGAGACAACAGGGCCAGAUGCCCGGUGAAAACGUGUCACGAGAGAUUUGAGACCUACCGUGCGUUCAGUCAGCAUAUUCAGUCGGUGCACAUCACGUGGGACCGGAAAUGCGUCUUGUGCGGGCAAAAGUUCCACGUGCUGGAUAAGUUUUGUGACCACCUGCAAACCAAACAUGGAUCAGUGGAAUCAUCUCCAGAGGGGAAGACUCCGAAGCCUGCUAAACCGAUUCUUGAAGAUGUUGAAAUGGCUGCGGGAGCAGGAUUAGAUUCAGAAUUGAAGCUCAAACAGGAAGUCGAUCAGGAUAUUAAAGUUGAAAAUGAUGUGGUUCCUGAAUUUAAGAAUCUUACGAUGUGAAAAUUUAAUCUGUCAUGAGAUUAAUAUACAUACAGAUUAGUAUGUAUGUAUAUAUACUACCUUAACUUCUUACUUUUAGGAUUAGACGAAGCUAUAAAAAUAGUCAAUUUAUACUACUAAUUGUAACAAACUAAAUGUUACAUGACACCCACGAGUUCCUUAGUUUGUUAAAUAUGAACUAAUAUUUUCAAUUUAACUUACUCAGUUUGACAUGAAAGAGCCCUCGACCCUAUAAUAUUAAAAAGUCCCCAAACUUUAGCUGCUCUCUAAAAUCAUAAUUACAAAUUUUUGAUUACCAAUAACAGUAACUUAUGUUUAUACUUGUGAAUUAAAAUUCGAUUAAACAAUGACUCAACUACUAUAAUUGUAGUUAUAAUUUCACUUUCAAUCAUUGAUGGAGUAUUUUUUAUUUCCAAACGAAAUCUCCCGGAUUUGCGAAAUAUAAUUUGUAGGAAUUCAGAAUUUA